CUGGCUGGAGUAUACCGGCAUCUAAAAGGCGAGGGCAGGAUUUGGGAUUUCGGAGACCUGCUGGAAAGCCUCCUAAGGCUCCACCGCACUUGCGUUUGCCGGACUCUUGGAAGUCUACUGGCAGACAAUUGUGAUGGCACCGAUGCGAGUCUAGCUAGAAUGGUCGAAAAAGUCGAAGACGACUGGGGAACGACAACGCCGGACGAAGAAUCGUCAUUUGCUUUACUGGAAAUCUUCACGACGUUAACCCUAGCCUCUAUGGGUGUGCAUACGAAUCCUGACAUGGUCAAAACAAUUUUUGAAUUUUCCCAGAGUCAUGCCCUAGAGGUUGUGGGGAUGCAAUCAACAAAUACGAAAUCUCGACCAUAUCUUCGUUGGAUCAUAGCGAAAGUCUUGGUAGAGCAAUACGUCGAUCGGACAAUCACCGGAUAUUUCGCCCUUGCGUCUCAUUUACACAAAUUACCAGGGUUUCAUUAUGACUCUGAUAUCAUGGUACCAAUCAAUCUCAUGAUUCUAUACGCACCAGAUGAUGAGGAAGCACCCAAUUGGCAACCGGACCCAACUACUACGCUGGGCCACGACGGAGCUCUUCGAACCGUCCUUGGAGUUGCGGAAGAGCUAGGAGAUGCUCCGCUGCAAGUGACUUGCCUUCAACUACUCAUUUAUCAAUCUCCUCAGCCAAAGCCUCUGCUAGAUAAGCUAGGUGAAUUGUGGCACUCAAUUGGAUCGCCAAAGGGCUAUCUCGAAACACGCCUGUACUGUUACAUACCAUAUUCUCUCACGACUCGCGAGCACCGCGCGUGCACCCGGCGAGAUCUUAUCCUCGCUGGUGAGGCUUUGAAUGAAGGACCAGUGUCACACGCGCAAGCCAGGGUAUUGAGAGCUCUCUCUCGAAAUCAGCAGGAAAGGGACUCCUAUGAAAGCAAAGCGGCGACAGCCCUCUACCGCUUGAACCUGCCGAAGUUUGCACCCUCUGGAAGCCCAACAAUGUCGCAAGUCCUCCCUAACUUUGUCGCCACACCUCAAUAUGUCAAUAGGCAUUCUUUCAAUGCGGCACAUCGAAUCAGAAAUCAUGCCGAGGCUGAGCCAUUCGACGGAACACCACACAGCUUGUCGACUGCUGACUUUACGAUGUCCAGGCACAAUCCAAAUCAUGAAACAAAACGGACGACUCGGCCGAAGGAAGACAUCGUGAAGAGCAACAAGCUGCCCCAAGAGAACUCAUAUUUGUCAUCAUCUAUCAUGCCAUUAUCAGGAAAGGAACCGAGAUCUGGCAGUCAACCUAGCACACAGCCACAACCUGCCCCUGACCCUGUGCCUUCCAUAUUUGAUAGGUCUAUUGAAGAAAGGGAAAAGUUGGUUGCUGAACUGGUGGAAAGGAUCAACAAUUUGAUAUCCGAAGGAGCUGGCAAGAAAGCGGGAAGCAGUGGCGAUAAGCAUUCAAAUCUUUCUGAGGCGAGGCCAACAAGUCAGAAGCCUGAAGACGAGCCAGUCAGGGAGCAGAGACAGAGAUUGAGUGAGCGAUUUAGCGCGUCAAGAAUCGGAGACGGAGGCAUAGAGGUAAAAGGGAAGCAAGUGGAAACAAGGCCCAAGACUCACCCUGAUGGUUCAGCGUCGGCAGCAACACGAGAUUGA